AUGCGUGCAAGGAAAGCUGGUUUAAUUGCUUUGUUCGAUGUUGAUGGAACUCUUACAGCACCGAGGAAGGAAUGUACUCCAGAAAUGUUCAAAUUCAUGCAAGAACUUAGAACGCUUAACAAUUUUGUCUCCCUGCAGGUUGUUACAAUUGGAGUUGUCGGAGGUUCUGAUCUUGUAAAGAUAUCAGAACAGCUUGGCAAUUCAGUUAUGAAUGAUUAUGAUUACGUUUUCUCUGAAAAUGGACUUGUAGCCCAUAAGGAUGGCAAGCUUAUCGGCAAACAGAGCUUGAAGUCGUUUCUCGGAAAUGAGAAGCUCAAGGAAUUUAUCAACUUUACCCUUCGUUAUAUUGCUGAUUUGGAUAUUCCAAAAAAAAGAGGAACAUUCAUUGAGUUCAGAAGUGGCAUGCUAAAUGUGUCGCCUAUUGGGGGAAACUGUAGUCAGGAAGAGAGGGAAGAAUUUGUUAAGUAUGACAAGGUACAAAAGAUACGCGAAACAAUGAUAUCAGUGCUUAGAGGAAAGUUUGUACACCUUAAUCUCACCUUCUCCAUUGGAGGCCAAAUAAGUUUCGAUGUUUUCCCCCAAGGCUGGGACAAGACUUAUUGUUUGAGAUACCUUGAAGAAUUUAAUGAAAUUCACUUUUUUGGAGACAAAACGUACAAGGGAGGAAAUGACCAUGAGAUCUACGAGUCUAAGAGAACUGUUGGUCACACAGUUACUAGCCCGGAGGAUACAGUGAAGCAGUGUUCUGUUCUAUUCCUCAGCAAGGAUAAUGGAAAUGGAAGUUCUUGA